AUGCACAGCUUCAUCUCAACCCUCGCCACCAUCCUGCCUCUGGCAGCCGCAGCACCCUACGGUCUGAGCAUGCGUGACAGCAACCCAGGCUGCCAGGCCGCGUCGUUCGGCAACUUCACCUGGACCGUCGAGGACUUCGACUACCACGCGUCCUACAUCUUCACCACGCCCGCCCACCAGAACUCGUGGGGCUACGCCAGCUUCAACCUGACCAACCCGGCUCUCACGUACAAGGCGUCAUGCAGUGCCAGCAGCGACCAGCUCUCCGAUUUCUUCUACGGCAACUUCCCCUACAAGUGCACAGUACCGGACGGCUCGACCACCGAGACCUCAUUCGACUUCAGCCGGCCCAGCGGACAUCUGGAUGUCAAUCAGACAUGGAGCUGCAGUGACCAGGACCCAAAAUACCCUAUCACCGUUAUUGCAAGUGGAAGCGCCAACUUGACCCUGGAUUGCACAGACGUGACCCAACAGAAUCCCGACUGGCAGCUGGGUCAAAUCUACUCAAGCCGGACUGUCACAUGUGGUCUGGUAACCGUGCCUCUCAAGCCCUCCCAGAUCAGAGCUGUCGCUUGA